CGUAUUUCGUGGAUUCGGUAAACACAUUCGAAGAUACGGAAUGAGUUUCGAGGUCAAUGAAGACUCACUUUCAGCGCCGCCUAUCAAAUCACUAACUGAGAACAAAACAAGCUUCUGGGGUAGAUAUGAGUGGCCGUAUGAGGAGUACCGUCGAUUUGAUGCUGUCGCUGGCCUCGAAACAGCCGCUGACGAAACACCGCGGAUGAAAACCGCAUUCUCUGAGCUCACCGAGGUGAAAGAACUUGCACUCUCAAUCGACAGUGGCCUUGGAUGGCUCAAUGGGCCCGACAAGUCUAUACGGGCGCGCAUUUUCCACAGACCUUCCAAUGUUUUUGGAACGAACAAAGCUGUCCCGGACCGUAGGGCCCAAGCUCAACAGGAGCUUUGGAGACACAUUGAUUUAUGCUAUCAGGAAGUCGGCAGUGAUAUCAGACACGCAACUCUCUACAGAAUGGAAGGCCAACGUCCUCUGUCUGAACUCAGAGACGCUGGCCUGUUGGCUGACGCACAACCGGAAAUGCCUUACUUAGAUCCUCAGCUGAUACAUGAGGCAACUCCACACGAUAUCCUUGACAUUCCUAUGCCCACUUCCUUUGAUGACCCAUACGUUUUGGAACGCUUCGUGUCCGCACCCUCUUCAUUAGGUACCGGUAUUUUGUUCGCAUCAUCUGCCUCGCCACCUGAUGCUGGACAAGUCGUGAAUCCGAUCAUACCUGCCAACCUCACUACAGCUCAGCAAGAGUGGUUGCUGGAAACGGAAUGGGCCCAGCGAGCUUUCAUAUCUUCAUACAUGCUCUCUAUCAUCGAUAACCCUUCCACAUUCCAACAGGUGCACACUUUGAAUAUCGCAGGACUUUCUGAUCGCUACUUGUCAAUGCUGAAACGUUCGGAUUUUUGGGAUGCACUACCCAGUCUUUGCGACGUCACUCUUAUGGUAAUACCGGGAUGGCGAACAGUUCACAAGGAUGAGGCCGGCUUCGUUACUACUUCAGCAGUCAAUCCUGUUCUAGGGGCCAAUAUGUUAUUUGCCAUACUUCGCGAUCAUAUCGCUCGCCGCUCAAACGUUCGAAAACUAACAGUCGGCUGGACGGCUGGCGGUGAACAUGCUGAGGGGCUCUAUGCAAGGAACAAACUUCUGUGUCCUGCACCUAUCAUGGACUUGCGGGUUCCUUCGGAUCGUCCUGCAUCUGUCAACCCUGCAGCGCUUGUUGAGGCCGAUGCAGCUCUUUUACGGGCAUUACUCCUUGAGCUGCCCCACAUCGAGAGGUUGAGGCUGAAGAACUGCUGGAUCACUCCUUCCAGCCUGCUGCAAUUUGUCAAAGUCCAUGAUGCAUAUCGCUUGAAGGAAUUGGUACUCGAUUCCGUUUCGCUUACGGCGAUGCUACGUCCCAAUGCUCCUAACGCCAAUGGAAAUUUUGUACCCCAUCAAGCAGUCGCUGUCCAGAAUGCUCCUCCUCAAGCGCCAAUGCCUGCAAUCCCCCAGUUCUUACCUGCCCAUCAACAGAUCCUGCAAGUCUACGUCCAUGCUCAGCAGUUACAACUUCAGCAGCUUCAUGCAAAUGCAGCUGCGCUACAGCAAAACCACAUUGCCGCUCUGCAAGUUCAGUUGCAACAGCAACUCCAGCAGAUGCAGAUGCACAACUUAAUUCUACAACACCAAGGACAGGGACCGAAUCAAGCCCUAGUGCCAGCUCCACUACAAACACCACUGCAAGCCCAACAGCAUCAGCCAAUCCACCCUACUGCGAUUAUCACAAACAUCACUCAUAUCGCUGCUCAAGUAAACCAACUACAUCAUCAGAUUACAGCUGGUCAGCAUCAUCCCUUAGGACAACAACCUAUGCAUGCUCCGAUACCAGCGGCCAAUCUGGCCACCACAGAUUAUCAGUCUCCACUUACGGCAAGGCCCCGCGAAGGAUCAUGGAUGGAUAUCAUCGACCAGAUCUCGCCUGGAACUAAUCUUUCCGAUUUUGAAUCUAACUAUUCCAAGGCUGACUGCAACCGCCAAACGUCUCUUCGAGAGAUUGAGUUCAUAUCGUGCGGUUAUGCCAAACUCACUCACGCUCCGUUCGACCAGACAGCUAUCGACCUAGGUCAGGGUGCUGCCGCCGCUUCACGUCACCCAUGGUUCACCCGGCGCAUGGCCGCCCUUUCUCCUGCAAUGAUGAGCACCAAAUGGACCUAUCUUGCUGACAUCAUACAAGAAGUCAAUUCGUCAGAAUUCACCGUCCUUGAGAAUGGCUGGAACUUGCGAACUGGUUGGGAAGACGACGAGGAAGCGCGCGCUGUUGAGUUUGAUGGUCUUUUUCCUGGUGGUACGGGGCGCUUCACAGGCACCAUACGCUAUUCGGACAGGAUGGUCGAUGAUGUUUCUGGGAUGUAGUGAUGCUUCUGAGCAGUCUUUGCUUUUCAACUAUGUACCAAUACUACCACAAAACGUCGGGAAUUCACUUUGUGACUAGGGAAGAAUGGCUUGCAAUAACAGAAUUCCUGGAAGAACCACUUAAUAACAGCAUUAGGCGGUAUAGGUCUUCAUGUAGUGAUGAGUUAGCACAUGCACUAGUAAAUACAG